AUUCCGCAAAGUGAACCCUUCUUUCGUUCCUCUCCUCUCGUUUCAUUUCAUCAAAGGGACUUUAAUUUUUUAAUUUUUAAAUUCAUAUCAUUUAGUUUAGCUAUCAUGACUCCCACGUUGACCUCUCAAGGAAUGGUUUUGGCGACGGCGAUGGCGGUUUCCGGCACCAUGAUCCUCCUGGUUUUCCGGCUGCAAAAAUCUGUGCAGCAAUUUUCGGCGGUAAUCGACCCAAUUCACCAGUCUUCUCCGCCUCUCCCUCGAUCCUGUAUCUCUUCAGAAGGCAAGAAAAAGAAGAAGAAGAGGGUGCACUUUGCAGAGGAUGUUGUGGACCCAAUUGGGAAUAGUGAAGAAUACAGGAGGCUACACUGCAAUAAUUUGCCCCAUGACAAAUCAUCUUCAUCUUCAUCUUCCCAUUCAAAUUCAACACUGCAGAAGAGUGUGAAAUCCCAAGAAAUGCCAGCCAAUAGAAUGGCCCUCUACAGUGGGAUCAUUAGGGACCGUGGCCUCACCAGGAUGGCCUAUUCCUGUUAAUCUUCUCAACUUUUCCUGUAACCCCCCCAUUUUUGUACAAAAUCUUUUCCCACCCCCCCAUUUAUCUUUUCAUUUCUUUCACUUGUCUGAGGUUGCUUUUGGUACAAAGAGUUACCAUAUUAUUUUCAUAUCUUUAACAACGUUACGCUGUACAUUAGUGUUGUAAUUAGGUUCGAGUUAAUUAUGAUUAUUUUGAGAUUGUGUAAACUGUAAUAUGUUACGGGUGAGUAAUUGAUUUCUUUUGACCAA